UUGUUUGACAUAGUGAUUGAGAUUGUGACCCGUAACAACGACUCCAUGCCUUUAAUUGCCAAUAUAUGCAGAAGAGGCCCAUUAUAGGGGACCGAUCGAUAGUUGCACCAGGCACCAGCUUAAUUCGUCUCCUAAAACCGAAAACCGUGACAACUUCUGAACUUUUUUUCUGGAGGUUCAAUCAUGAGAUUUCCUCCUGCCAUCGUUUCAAUUGUUUUCUUUCUGAUCUUGUCAUACUCUUCUCUUGCCUCUUCAGUAACGAAGAAAGAUUUCAUGUACAAAGGAUCUUCUCUGUUAGUUGAAGAUUAUGGCUCGGACCUUCUCACCUCCCCAGACGAAACCUUUGCCUGUGGAUUUUAUCAAGUCGGCACAAACGCCUACAGUUUCUCAAUCUGGUUCGCCAAGUCCGCAGAAAGGAUGGUGGUGUGGACGGCCAACCGAGACCAUCCAGUGAACGGCCGAGGCUCCAGAGUUUCACUCCGUCGAGAUGCCACCAUGGUCCUUACCGACGUCGAUGGUUCAAUUAUCUGGUCCACCAACACCACCGGCACCAUGGUGGACAAAGCUGAGCUCUUGAACACGGGGAACCUGGUUUUGAAGGACCCAUCUGGUAAUAUUCUUUGGCAAAGCUUUGACUCUCCUACUGAUACCCUUCUCCCUUCACAGCCCCUCACCAGACACACCAAAAUGGUCUCUGCAAUGGCCAUUGGAACUCAUGCUUCGGGUUAUUUUACUUUCUAUUUCGACAACGACAACGUUUUGAGGUUAACGUAUGAUGGGCCUGAGAUUUCUAGCCUAUAUUGGCCUAACCCUGAUUUUGAUGUAUUCACGAAUGGUAGAACAAAUUACAACAGUAGCAGAAUUGCGCUACUUGACGACAUGGGUGCUUUUCUAUCAAGCGAUAGAGCCAGCUUUUUUGCCUCUGAUAUGGGUUCUGGGAUUAAAAGGCGAUUAACGUUGGAUUAUGAUGGUAAUCUUAGACUCUACAGCUUGGAUGAGUCAACCAGGUCAUGGACGGUGACAUGGGAAGCUCUCCCACGACCGUGCGAUGUCCAUGGGCUGUGUGGUAGGAACGGUGUCUGUACUUAUACACCAAAACCCAAGUGUUCAUGUCCGCCAGGUUAUGAGAUAGUUGACCCGUCUGAUUGGAACAAAGGUUGCAAGCCCAAGUUUAACCGGACAUGCGACCAAACCCAGCAAUACGGAUUCGUGGAGGUGCCACAUACAGAUUUCUGGGGAUUUGAUCUUGAUUAUAAUCCAUCGUCGUCGCUAGAACAUUGCAUGAAACUCUGCUUGGAGAACUGCUCCUGUGAGGCUUUUGUUUAUAGGUUAACCGGAGAAGGAACCUGUUAUACAAAAAGUGCGCUUUUUAAUGGGCAUAGCGCUUCAGAUUUCCCAGGCAGUGCAUAUUUGAAACUGCCGAGGAGUUUGAAUCUAACAUCAGCAAAGGCAGCAACUCCCACUCUCAUAACAUCUGAUCCCGAUUGUGGAUCUAACAAGGCUGAUGCAUUAAUUCAGGUGGUGGGUUUCUCCCGGAUGUACAAUACAAACAACAGAAGGACGAGAUGGGCUUAUUUCUACGAUUUUGUUUAUGCAAUCGGUAUUAUUGAAGCUCUCUUCCUUGCGUCAGGUUGGUGGGGCCUUUACAGAAGAGGAGAUGGAGUGUCAAAGUCGAUGGAGGACGGAUACCGCGCAAUAUCCAGUCAAUUUAGGAAGUUCACUUAUGCUGAGCUGAAGAAGGCAACCGAGGUGUUUAAGGAAGAGUUGGGGAGGGGAGGCUCCGGGACUGUUUACAAGGGAGUUUUGAAGGAUGACAGAGUGGUAGCAGUAAAGAAACUGGGAGACGUAAUUCAAGGAGAAGAAGAGUUCUGGGCUGAAGUAAGCAUGUUUGGGAGAGUCAACCACAUGAACCUAGUGAAAAUGUGGGGGUUCUGUUCUGAAGGAACCCACAGGCUAUUGGUGUAUGAGUACGUAGAGAAUGAGUCACUGAACAAGCACCUCUUUUCUAAUGCCAGCGAUAGCAAUAGCAAUAGCAAUAGAGGAGCUCGUUUACUGAAUUGGAAGGAGAGGUUUAGAAUUGCUUUAGGGACAGCCAAGGGUUUGGCUUACCUUCACCAUGAGUGUCUGGAGUGGGUUAUUCACUGUGAUGUGAAGCCUGAAAAUAUACUCUUGGAUAACAAUUUUGAACCUAAAAUAGCUGACUUUGGACUGGCAAAGUUGUCUCAAAGGGGUGGAUCUGGUUUCCAGUUCUCUAGAAUCCGAGGAACAAAGGGGUACAUGGCUCCAGAAUGGUUUCUAAACGUUCCCAUCACUGCAAAAGUUGAUGUUUAUGGUUAUGGAGUUGUACUUCUAGAAAUUGUAAAGGGCAGUCGACUUUCAGACUGGGUGAUGGUGGAUGGGGAGGAGGAGGCUGAUUUGAUGAGAUUCGUUUGGGUGGGGAGGAAUAAGAUUGAUGAGUGCGAUGACGAUGACGACUCAUGGGUUGAGGAUAUGGUGGAUCCGGAAUUGAAAGGGCAGUUCAACAAGCAACAAGCAGCGAAAAUGAUUGAAAUAGGUAUCUCUUGCGUGGAGGAGGAUAGAAGCAAAAGGCCAACCAUGGAUGAGGUGGUCCAAGCUCUAUUACAAUGUGAAUGCGAAGACUGAAGACGCUCCAUUAAUAAUCACAUCCGAUUAUUAAUCAAAUGCAAUUUCCAACAUCCAAAUUUAAGAUAUAUAAUUGGAUUCCGAAUCUUAUAAGGCAACGGACUUCCGGAACCCGUUAGCAGUCUUAACUCAUCCCC